AAGUUUACUUAUCUCUAAGUGUUGGUGUUUUCAAGAUUGGAACCUUUAUUUUACACGUAAACUCAUUUCACAGUAACUUUGUGAAAAUUCUCGAAUACCAAUUAUACAUAAUCGUGUGAUUAGAAAGCGCAAGUUUAUAUAUUUCUCAAGAAAGCAAGGAUGCUGCUAAAUGGUUUUAUUACAUCAUUGAACAAUACAAAUCUAAUAAUGCCACCUAAAAAAUCUAACCUCAACAACGCGCUGAGCAGAGAAGCACGACGCAAACGUGCUGAAAGAGCUCAUCAAUCGGCAGAACAAAUCGCAACAAGAAAUGCAGCUCAAAGUAGCAGGACAGCAGAGGGUCGUGCACAAGAAUCUCAAGAACAGCAUGACAAACGUCUGCGACACACUAUUACAAGAACAAGAGCGGCACGAGAACGAAACAUAGCUACAGCACGAGUACAAGCACGACAGAGACAGCGGACCAGCCGCUCAUUAACACGUGCAUCAUUUGUUCGUCUUGCUUUCGAAUAUGCACCAGAUAUUAACUACUCUGCGCAUUCAAAAAUUGCUAUCGGUGCAAUGGAUAAAGUAUGUCAAUAUUGUCAGGCAAUGAAAUUUAAGAAUGAAUCACCCGGCAUGUGCUAUUCUAUUUGUGUUAGCUAAAGACAGGUUAACCGAAAAUAUUGUACACCGAUUAGUGCUAAAUUAAAUUGAAUUCAAAGUAUUUAUAAUUCAAAAUAAUAACAAUUAUUGAUAAAGAUUUAAAACUAUCUGCCCUACCUACCUCAUUUAUAAGUUUAAGUAUUACGUGUUACUUACUAACAACUUUGUAAUAUAGGUACUUAUUUGUUACUAACUUGAAUACAAAAAAUAAAAAAAAAAUUUAAUUA